GCAUGCUGGGGCAGCGAGCGGCGCCAUCUUGCCUCGUUGGGCGGCCGGGGUCUCCUUGGGAAGCAAGAGGGGAGGAAGCUGUGGUUCAGCCCAUGGCUCUUUUCCCGGCCUUUGCCGGCGCCGUUGAGCCCGGGGAGACGCCAGCCAGCGGUAGCGAGGGCUCCAGGAGAGAAUUGGACUGGCUUAGCAAUCCAAGCUUCUGCACAGAAGAUGCACUGAAUCUGCACCAGCGCACUGCAAAGGCUGCAGAUCUUACUCCUGAGAGAUCACAACUUAUAAGGAGUCCUUCAAGAUCAGAGCUCUCAGGAGGAAGUGAUACCAAUGAAGAUCUAAAAAAAUCAACUAAGAAAAGGAAAGGGAAAAAGAAAAAGCAUCACCACCACAAGAAAAGAAAGAAGAAAACCAGAGAGGAAUCAAGUAACAGUGAGUCAGACUCGGACAGUGAGUGUAUGAAGGAUAAACCUAGAGGAAGUGACACAAACCAUGAAAGAGAAGCAGCAACGUUGAAUCUAGAAGACAUAACAUCAAAUGGUGCCACCAGUCGCUUUGUUUGGCUUGAGGAUAUUCAGGCUUUGACAGCAGAAACCUUCAGAACAGACAAGAAUCCAGACCCUGCAAACUGGGAAUACAAGUCACUGUAUCGAGGGGACAUAGCAAGAUACAAGCGGAAAGGUGACUCAUGCCUUGGUAUUGACCUAAAGAAACAAUGUAUAACUUGGGAAAGUUCCAUGGUAGAAAAGAAACAGUCCCACAAGCGACCUGAACGCUACUUCAAGAAGAAUAGUGUGCUGUUAUUGAGCACAGAUGGAAUUCCUGUUUACAGUAAAAGCCAAACUACUUCAUCUGGUCUAAGCACUUUUAUACCGCUUUCACAACUGGACAGUGAUGCUCCUCCUACAACAACGUAUGUGAAUCCUCUUGGGAUUUAUGAUCCAUUGACCACACUCUGGUUGCAAGGAAAAGGUCCCUCAGAGCAUGAGACUUUAAAGCAGCAGGCAUCCCAAGAGACCAGUGAGAAUGUUAACUCUGUUCUAAUUGCAAAAGUGGAAGAAUAUAAUAGGACGGUCAGAGAAAAUCCAAGAGAUGUUCACACUUGGAUGGAAUUUGUUUCUUUUCAGGAUGAAAUAAUGAGAGGACCCAGCCCUUAUGCCAUCAAAGAGGGAGAGCAGGAAAUAAGGAGAAAAUCAUUCAAGCUAAUCCUAGAAAAGAAACUGGCCAUUUUAGAGAGAGCUAUUGAAAGCAACCCAAAUGAUGUUGAUCUGAAACUUGCCAAGCUGAAGCUUUGUACAGAAUUCUGGGAACCAUCAACUUUGAUCAAAGAAUGGCAGAAACUGGUUUUUUUGCAUCCCAAUAAUCCAGUCUUGUGGCAGAAAUAUCUCUUAUUUUGUCAAAGUCAGUUCAGCACCUUUUCAGUUUCAAAAGUCCAUAGUUUAUAUGGAAAAUGUUUGAGCACUUUGGCAGCUGUACAGGAUGGCAGCAUGGUGUCACAUCCUGUACUGCCUGGCACAGAGGAAGCUAUGUUAGCUGUCUUUCUUCAGCAGUGCCAUUUUCUUAGACAGGCGGGCCAUUCUGAGAAAGCUGUGUCUUUGUUCCAAGCCCUGGUUGAUUUCACCUUCUUUAAACCUGACAGCGUAAAAGAUCUGCCAACAAGAGGACAGGUGGAGUUCUUUGAACCAUUUUGGGAUAGUGGAGAGCCUCGGUUUGGAGAAAAAGGAGCAAAAGGCUGGAAAUCAUGGAUGCAUCAGCAAGAAAAGGGAGGCUGGAUUAUCAUCAAUAAACCUGAUGAGGAUGAGGAAGAUGUAGAUGAAGAUCAAGAAAUAAAGGAUAAAACUCUACCUAAAUGGCAAAUUUGGCUGGACAUUGAAUGUUCCCGUGAAACAAGGCAUUGGCUGCCUUGGCGACCUGACAAAACUAAAAAGCAGACUGAAGAAGAUUGUGAAGACCCAGAGAGACAGGUAUUGUUUGAUGAUCUUGGGCCAUCUUUAAUCAGACUUUCUAGUCCAGAUCUUCAGUUUCAGCUGCUAUACUCAUUUCUGCAAUUUGUGGGAGUCCCAUGUGGGUGUAGUCUCUUUCCUUCAAAUCUCUAUAUCGCUAUGGAUGAGAACAAUAUUUUUGACACUGGGCAGUCUGAAAAGCCACUGACUUCUUUUGACUCACUGCUUUCUGGAGUCAAUAGUAUUGGCCAUAUGGACACAAUGACCAGAGGGAGACAGCGCAUGGGACACUGUAAGGAAGGAGAAGAGUUCAUACAGAAUGUCUUUCAUUUAAUAUUGCCGUUGUUUUCAGGAAAGGAAAAGUCACACCUUUCUGUCUGUUGGCUACAAUAUGAAAUCUCAAAGGUUGUUCAGUGUCUCCAAGCAAAAAACAAGAAGAAACUGAAAUCACAGGGAAAGAAAAGCAAAAAACUAGCCAAGAAUCUCCUUAAGGCAUCUGAAAACCGAAACAACCUUUCCCUCUGGAAACUGUAUGCUUACUUGGAAUGGUUACUUGGCAACACUGAAGAUGCUAGAAAAGUGUUUGAUACAGCUCUUUGCUUGGCAGGCACUGAAGGAAUGAGAAAUAUCCAACUCUGUAAUCUAAGCCUGCUUUAUGCUUCACUGGAAGUGGAGCUACUAGAGAGUUUGGAGGAAACUGUUAUGUCACGUGCUUUACAUAUAUUGACCAAACUGGCUGAAAGUGGGCCAUAUGUACCUUAUACUGGGCAAGUGCUAUCUGUGAAUAUCUUGAAAGCUCGGAAGGCAUAUGAGCAUGCGUUGCAAGAUUAUUUAAAUGAAAGUCCAGUCUCUAACUGGGAUCAGGCCAGCAGUUCUAGCCAACUGGUUAGUUUAGUUGGUUGUUAUGCACUUUUCCAGUAUUUGACUGUUGGGAUUGAUGCUGCUGUAUUAAUAUGUAGACGUAUUUCUGAAAAGCUUAAAGGUUCUACUUCACAGAAGUUUGAAAGCAUUGGAGAAAAUCUUGGCAUUCAUAAUUUCCCCACUGCUCUUGAAGCUGUCACACUCAUGCACACAAAUUUACUCAGGUACCAUAUGAAAGUUAGCAUUUACCCUUUAAAUCCACUGCGAGAGGCACUAACGGAGGCUUUGAAGCUGUAUCCUAGCAACCAGUCUCUUUGGAGGUCAUAUAUCCAGAUCCAAAGCAAGUCUCACAAUGCUAGCAAAGCACGAAGAUUUUUUGAUAGUGUCACAAGGUCUACUAAGUCCCUAGAGCCGUGGCUGUUUGCAAUCCAAGCAGAGGAGAUGAGAAAGAAGCUUGUCGAGAAUGUUCAGAGAGUAGAUGUUGGAGAAAUACAUUCAACAAUUCCUGAAACUGGGUUAACAAAUCGGAUAAAAGCUUUAUUUGAACACGCAAUUCAGAGUGAAAAUGGUGUCCAUUGUCCAUUGCUGUGGAGAAUGUAUUUGAACUUUCUGUUUUCUCUAGGAAAUAAAGAAAGGAGCAAAGGACUGUUUUAUAAAGCCCUUCAGAACUGUCCCUGGGCAAAGGUGCUGUAUAUGGAUGCAAUAGAGUAUUUUCCAGAUCAACUGCAAGAGACCCUAGAUCUAAUGACUGAAAAAGAAUUGAGAGUAAGGGUACCUAUAGAAGAACUGGAAUUGCUACUGGAAGAUUAAAAGAAGAUGGUGAAAGAACAACAACAUCAACAAAAAAGAAAAAGAAAAAACAAGCGAAAAAGGGAAUGUUGAUGUCCAAAAGUUUGUCUUCAACUAUUAUCUUUGACUGGGACUUCAAUGGAUUAUGCACAUGUUUUUCUUACUAAGAAUAAUUUGUUAAAAACUUUACUAUUACUAUGCCACAGUACUAGCUGUAAAUAUCCUAGAAUUUGUUCCUCAUCUUGUAGUGGGCUGCUUUACAUAUGUAAAUACAUCUGUUUUUCUGGAAAGUACAGCAAAAUCCACAAAAUGAUACUUACCGAUAAUUAAUUGGCUAUUGGACCCCACCUACAACUCGUAUGCUACAGUUUAAUACAGCCAUUCCCUUGAAUUCAGUGGAAUGUCAAGACAUGCCUACUACAAUUUGCUAGGCAGCACAGGAAGUAAACAUCUGCCAAAUGUACCCUUUACAAUCUGCUGCUGUCAACAGGCUAUAUACAUGCACACCAAGCAAGACAAAUUUAUAAAUAUCCACAUAUGUUCCAGUAUCUUGCUCUCUGUACAAAACAAGAAGAUAAGUAAAACUCUUGAAAAAAUAUCCAAACAAUUAGCUCAAUUGAUAAACUGUUAAAUGCCAAAACUUGUUUGACAAGGUAUCAGUUUUGUCUUUGCAUGUGUAAUGAUAUGACAAUUCUAAUGUAAAUAUUUAUUAAAACAUACUUAAAUAUUUUAAUCUAGUGGAACUUGGAUUUUUUAUUUUUUAAAUGUUAAUUUUGGUGAGGAAAAUGUAUUCAUCUUUAUUUUUAAUAUCUAGAUCUUUUCUAGCAGCAAGUUUUUGUUUUGUUUUAAAUAUGCAAGCUAUUAUAAUUAACUUCCCUGUACUCCCAACAUACACUGGGUAAUUGUCAUGAGAGAAAUAAAUGUUAAUUCUGUUUU